AUGAAUGAAGCGUUUAACUCCAAAAUUGCAUGUUAUAUGGACAAAUCAAGAGCCUGGAAGAACAUUAACAUCAGAGUUAUCAUUGCAAUCUUAGAAUGGAAUGAUCCAGAGCAUUUUCUCAAAGAUAUCCAAAAAGCAUUACAUCUUUCCCCACUUGCAGAUGAUUGUGUGAAAUCAUUUGAAGAGAAACGUUACUCCAAAAUGAUAUUGAAACAACACACAUUUACAAAAGGAUCUAAAAAGCAGAACAAGUACAAGAAAUCCAUUUAG